CGAAUAUCUCCUUCGGACACUCUCCCUCGGUUGCUUAGGCGUGUUCAGAUCGAACGACAGGUCAAACAACCAACCGAUAUUCACAUGAAAUCGGCCAUGAAACCCAACCCCUUCAAGCUUCGUAUCCAUUAGAAAUCAGCUCCGCGGAACUUCCGACGCACGCCAUGUCCGGCUCGCUUGAGCGAGGUUAUGAGGAGAUCUCCGAUGCCCAUGAGGAAAAGAAAGAACUAAAAUGGGAACUCGAAAGUUCUGGAGAGGAGCGGCAAACAAGUAUGGGGAGUCUGAAAAAGAAAGCGAUCAAUGCAUCUGACAAGUUCAGACGGUCUCUCUCUGUCCGGGAUGUUGAGGAGCAAAAGAUCGUAGAUGAAUUUCGGCAGGCACUGAUUUCAGAUGGGUUUCUACCUCCAAGACAUGAUGAUUAUCAUAUGCUUUUGAGAUUUCUGAAAGCAAGGAAAUUUGCCAUUGAGAAAGCAAGACAUAUGUGGACUGAAAUGAUUCAGUGGAGGAAGGACUUUGGCACUGAAACAAUUAUGGAGGAUUUUCAGUUCAGAGAGAAAAAUGAAGUUCUUCAGUACUACCCUCAGACAUAUCAUGGGGUAGAUAAAGAUGGAAGGCCUAUUUAUAUCGAGAGACUCGGGAAAGUUGAUCCUGACAAGCUUAUGGAAGUGACUACUAUUGAUCGCUAUGUUAGAUUCCAUGUUCAGGAGUUUGAGAAAACUGUUGCCUUUAAGUUCCCAGCUUGCUCUGUUGCUGCAAAGAAGCGCAUAGAUUCUAGUACAACCAUUUUGGAUGUUCAGGGCGUGGGUCUUAAGAACUUUACAAAGCAAGCACGUGAACUUAUCAUGCGGCUACAGAAGAUUGACAGUGAUUACUACCCUGAAAGGCUUUCCAGAAUGUUCAUCAUUAACGCUGCUCCUGGUUUCAAGUUUCUCUGGGACACAGUGAAGUAUUUUCUUGAUCCCACGAUGGUUUCAAAGAUUCAUGUUCUUGGUAACAAAUAUCAAAGUAAAUUACUUGAAGUAAUUGAUGCAAGUGAGUUGCCAGAAUUUCUUGGUGGUAGCUGUACUUGUGCUGACCAGGGUGACUGCAUGAGAUCGGAGAAGGGUCCAUGGAAAGACCCCAACAUACUGGAGAUAGUGCUUGAUGGCCAAGCACUAAUCAACAGACAUACGAUGAUGGGCAGGAACAUCAACGAGGAAGUUGCUUCUUGUGAUACCCUCGUCGGUCCCCUGAUCUACGAUGGCACGUCAACUGCGGCAGCAUCAGGAUCUGAGGUGGAUGAUAUUGCUUCUCCCUGAGGAGAAAGGAGCGAUAUUGUCCCAGAUGUGACUCCUUUCUCUAAAGAAGUAACUUAUCUGGAUAUGAUUGACAUAGUACUAUGAUUGACGAUUCUGUAGACUGGGGUUCGGGGAAUACAGACAGCCUUUCCGGAGGUCAGCAAUUUCGAUAAAUUCACUGAAUGAUUAUCUAUGUUCUUAUUUCCUUGGUUGUUGGGGCAUUCAAGAAAGUUGAGCUUGGACCUUGUUGCCUUUAAUAACAUACUCAUCCAAGCAAAUGAAAAUUCUUCUAAUACCUACAAUACAGGAUCAAGUAGUCUAUAGACAAGGUGGAUACGAAGUGGAAUAAACUAUGACCCUUAUCAUUCAUUGUCAAUUAUGUCACGUAUCACUAUUCAUUCACUGUUGUUACACAUGGAGGGAUCACUUCAUAUAGAUCAUAUUAUAAGAGCAUAUGUGAUACGACGACAUGAUGGUAGUUGGACGCCGAGCCUCUUGCCCCCUUGUUGUAAAGAGAUUGGUUGACUAGGGUCCAAUUUUGCGGGCAUGUAAUAAUGUCUCGAGAUCAUAUGCCUUUGGCACCAGCCAGAUGGCGCAAUUAAUUUGAGGUAAGCUGGGAUCAUGUAAUAUG